AUGCCAAAGUUUAAGCGUUUUCGGAAUCCACUAAAGUCAGCUCGUCAACCAAAUGAAGCUCAUGUACAUUUUUCAUCAUCAGCAAUUCCACUCCAAUCACCUUGUUUUCUUGUUAAAGACUCAGACAAUGCUACCAAGCAGAUUAGGGUCAAGGUCAAUGAGGUUAACAACCUAACUAUCGGGGAGCGCAUCAUUGUGGAUUUUGAUGAAUACAACACAGCAUAUUGUGAAGCGCAGGGAUUGCUCGCUGGAUAUUGUGGAACGUUAGCAAUUGAUUGUAAUUUAUUCCCGAUAAGUAUUGAGAAGUGGUCAGGGCCAUCACUCAUGCCUAAGAAGUCAAUGGAAGACUGCUGUGAAACAAUAUUGAAGGAGCUUUGUAGAAGAAAUAAAGAAAAUCAAAAGAAGGAAAAAAUGCCGCAUACUGGUGGAUCAAAAGCUAUCUCGAGAAGACGACAUGAGCUGUUUUUGGUAACUGAAAAAACUCCUAGUCGCGGAAAAAUAUUUAUUGAAACUCAUAAGAGAAGCAAUGGAUCGUAUGUAAAUGAUGCGGCAAAAACUAUAGGGGAAGAAAUUGAAUUGAAUAUGACUCAAUAUGAUACUAAUGAGUGUGAAGUUUCCCCAAAUGAUGUUAUUUGCAAGAUGUUAGGGGCAGAGCACUCCAGGAGACUACGAUGUAUGGGUAUGGGAGUUGUGCUGUGA